AUGCCCGAAUACAAAGCCUACCAAACCGGCACUCCCAACACCAAAGACUUCCGCACCUAUCUCAGCCGCGACAACGAGCUCUGCUCCCCCUGGCACGACGUACCUCUCUUCGUAGACGACAAGCGACAAGUCGUCAAUGCAGUGAUUGAGGUUCCGAGAUGGAGUAAUGUUAAAAUGGAGCAAGACGAGAUCUGCAAAGAUGAAUUCCUCACGCCUCUUUCGCAGGUCAUGAAGGAUGACAAGACGCCGAGAUAUGUCCCGAAUAUUUUCCCUCAUAGGGGGUAUCCGUGGAAUUAUGGGACGCUGCCCCAGACCUACGAAGACCCCACCCUCCACGACACACACACCAACCUCCCCGGCCACGGCAACGGCGUCAACAUGUGCGAACUCAGCGGCGAACUCGCCCACCCGGGCCAAGUAAAGCGAGUCAAAGUCCUCGGCGCCUUCGCCGUGAUCGAAGCAGGUAGGACAGAUUGGAAGAUUGUCGUUGUGGACGUGGCGAACCCACUUGCGAGAGAGCUGAGCGAUAUUGGCGACGUUGAGCCCGUGAUGCCGGGGUAUUUGGGGACGAUGACGGAGUGGUUUCGCAUCUGGAGGACGGCGGAUGAGGGCGAUAAUGGGGUUAAUUUUGUGGCGUUUAAUGGGGAAGUGAGGGAUCGGCGGUUUGCUUUGAUGCUGCUUGAACGAUGCCAUGCGAGUUGGAAGAAACUUAUGACGGAACCAACCAUGCAGGCCAAACUAUCCAUGAAGGACGUCCCUAUUGGAGAUCUGAAUCUGGUAGACCAAAUAAAGCAGCUAAAACAAGGCGAGGGGGAAAAGAUCGACCAGAGAGCAGUAGAAAGAUUCCAUUUCCUCGCAGCCAACUGGCCUCUUGCGGCUUCAUGUCCAGGCUUAAUGGACAUAUCUAAUUCUCAGUAA